UUGUUUCCAUAGAAACUCCUCGGCUACCUGCAGCAGGUGAACAGUCAGAUAGGCUAUUUAACGAAAUCGAUUGGAUUAAUCAUGAACUCACUUUUCUCAAGAGACUCUCAAAUAAAAGCGAUAGAAUCAUUGUUGAAUGACGCAGAAAAGUACCUUGGUCAAUGUUGCACUACACUCGCCUCGUAUACACGAAAGACUGCCAAACUUCGAGACAAAGCUGACGUUCUCGUUAGGCAGCUGAAUGAAUUUGCAAGCACUGAGGAUCCCGAACUUCGAACAUGCAUCAACAACCUAGCAGAGGACAUAGCAAUGGUCCAAGACUACAGACAAGCGGAGGUCGAGAGACUAGAAGCGAGAGUUGUCACCCCACUGAAAGCAUAUGGAGAUAUAGUGAAAAUCAAGCGGGCAGAUCUGAAGAGAUUCAAUGCUGAUCGCAGCAGGGAGAUGAAAGAGCUACAGAAACUGGAGAAGAUCAGACUUAAAAACCCAGCAGACCGACAGAGCAUUUCCCAGGCUGAGGUGAAUGCACAGAAAGCCACCAACAAUGCCAACAGAAGCACCAGGCAGAUUGAGGAGUCCAUCACUGACUUUCAGAGACAGAAACUAGAGGAUGUGAAGAAGGUCUUUUCAGAGUUCAUUAUGGUCGAGUUGCUCUUCCAUGCUAAAGCCCUUGAGGUCUACACCCACACCUUUCAGAAUCUUGAGACGAUGGAUAUUGACAGAGACCUUGAGUUGUUCAGCAGGAGGAUCCAGGUGGCAGAUCUACCCGUGGACAACCAGACACUCCAGACUGUCCGAUCCACCUCUUCAAUCCCACCUUACUCCAGCCGUACCUCCCCCACCCUCAGGCAGACAGCCGACUACUUCACCCGAUCACAAAGGAGCACAUCACGUCGACAAGAAGACAUUGAGGAUGAGGAAGACGAGGACGAGGAAGAGGAUGAGUAUGAGUCAGAGGGGCCGUAUGAGGAGCCGCAGACACUGAGGGAAUCAUACGCUGCACAGUUCUCCAGAGUGCGGAGGCAGACAUGAGUUGGCAAUGAGUUGGCAAUCCAAGAUGUUUACUAUUAUCUUGUGUGGCACUUUAAUUAGCUAUUUUGUUAAUUCCUGAGAUAUUUAUUGUUAUUAUAUAAUAUUUCAAUUCUGUUUGUAAACUUAAUUGAAUCACGUUGCUGCUAAGAAGAAGAAAAAAGUAGAACAGCCAUGAAUAAAUGAAUUUCAGUAAAGAUGAAAGCAUUUUUCAUUUUUUUCUUGGGCACAAUUUCAUAACAGCUGUGACUGUAAUGACUGAUUCAAUUUCAGAGAAAAAAAAAGUUUAGAGCAGAAUUUGAAAUAAAUAUUUGCAUGG